UCUACAUCUUUAUCAGCUGGAAAAAGCAUAAAGAAGUAGAUGGAUAAUACUACUUACUUUUUUUCUGAAUAAAAAAGUCUUAUUUACUUCUAUUACCCUUGCUACAAAAGCAAAAAUACCUCUUUUCCCAAAACCAGCAGGGGUAGCCUUGUAAAUUACUCUUUGCAGUUCCAAAGCUGCAACUGAUACAGAAAAAAUUAGAAUGUAACUACCAUAGUAUGGCUACUCUGGAGGCAAAUGAUCACCAAACCAAAUAGUCUUUUUUUCUUGUAAAUUCUUUCCUUUAUUUUAUCAGUAGUGAUAGUAGACCAUUGCUGUUAUGUUCGUGAUAUAGUUUCAUAAUUUUUUUGUAUUUGUCUCAGUCUCGUAUUUUCUCUUUGUUAGGAAGACAAUGUCAGCAAAUUUAGCAGCAAGUCUUUCCAUCUGUUGAUAAAGUAGCAUUCUUGUUUCUCUUCAACUGCCAACAUGUCUACUAAAUCCAAAUCAACUCUAAAUGGAACACCUAGUAACUCGACACCAGUAACUCCGCGGAUCAGUAGAGUGAUCAGGGGAUUAGCAAAAUCUGAUGCUGAUUCAUCCUCUCCAUUGCAGCAUUCACGUUCAGUUGAUAGGUCUGUUAGAUCUGCUAUUACUUCCAAGCCUCCAGUGGAACGACGGACCUCUAAGCUUUGUACCUUACCUGAUAAAAAGCCAACGCGGGUCCUGAAGCCAUCAGAACUGCAAGCUGAACUAAAUGUUGCUCGAGAAGAUCUUAAGAAGGCCAAGGAGAUGUUGGCUUUGGUGGAAAAGGAAAAAGUGCAAGCUCUUGAAGAAGUAAAGGAAGCUCAGAUAUUAGCCGAGGAAGCUAAUGAGAAACUGAGAGAAGCUUUGUUAGAUCAAAAGCAAGCUGAAGACAACUCUGAAAUUGAAGCGUUUCGUGCUGUUGAGAUGGAGCAGGUGGGGAUUGAGGAAUGGCAGAAGGAAGUCGAAGCUGUGAGGAACCAACAUGCUGUGGAUGUGGCUGCUCUCCUCUCUGCCACACAGGAACUUCAACGUGUAAAGCGCGAACUGUCCAUGGCUUGUGAGGCCAAAAAUAAGGCACUUAGCAAUGCUGAGGAUGCUGCGAAAAUUGCUGAAACUCAUGCAGAAAAGGUGGAAAUCCUCUCAGCCGAGUUAGUGAGAUUGAAAUCUUUACUUGAUUCCAAGAUCUCUUGGAAUGAGACGGAGGUUAGUGAGAAGAACAGGCUGGUGGAAGAGCUGAAGCUUGAGAUAGAGACACUGAAAGAAGAACUCGAGAAAGCAAAAAGUUAUGAAGCUCAAUUGGUAAAAAAAGAAGCUAUCGUGAAGCAACUUAAUAUUGAUUUGGAGGCUGCUAAGAUGGCUGAAUCUAAUGCGCAUAAUGUAUUGGAGGAAUGGAAGAAGAAGAUUGAAGAACUCGAUGCUCAGGCCGAGGAAGCACACCAUUUAGAGAGAUCUGCAUCAGCAACCCUUGAGUCGGUCAUGAAACAACUGGAAGCGAGCAACAAUCUGUUGCAUGAUGCAGAAUCUGAGAUAGCAUAUCUCAAGGAGAAGGUAGGCGUACUUGAGAUGUCAAUGGUGAGGCAGAAAGACGAUCUUGAGGAAUCAGAACAUCACGCUCAAAUGGCCAAGGAAGAGGCGUCUGAGUUGAGAAAAAAGGUAAAUUCUCUCAUGUAUGAUCUUGAAACAGUGAAGGAGGAGAAGAUUCAGGCUAUGGAGAAUGAGAAAGUAGCAGCAGCCAGGGUUCAAACGCUGUCAGAACAAAAAAACCGACUUGUAAAUGAUUUGGAAAGCUUCAAGGAGGAGGAAGAAAAAAGUAAGAAGGCAAUGGAAAGUUUGGCAUCAGCUUUGCAUGAGGUUUCUUCAGAAGCAAGAGAAGCCAAAGAGAGGUUGUUGUCUAACCAAGCUGAUCAACAUGAACAUUAUGAAACACAACUUGAAGAUUUGAAGAUGGUACUGAAAGCAACAGAGGAAAGGUACGAAAGCAUGCUUGACGACGCAAAAGAGAAACUUGAUGUUCUUACAAAUUCCACCGAACAAUCAAAAGAUGCGCUAGCAAAAUGGAAGGCCGAGUGGGAGGAAAAGGAGCUUCAUCUGAUGAGUUGCAUGAAUAAAACUGAAGAAGAAAAUGCAUCAAUGGAACACGAAAUAAGCCGCUUGGUAAAUCUGAUAAAAGAUGCUGAGGAACAAGCUUCUGCCAAAAAAGAUGAAGAAGCCUAUUUGAAGAAUUCCCUAAGAAAAUCUGAAUCUGAGGUGUCUUAUCUAAAGGAGGUCCUUGGUGAAGCAAUGAACGAGAGCGCGAGAUUGCAGGAACGUUUAAUGGCAAAAGAAAAAGAGGUCCAGAAUAUUAUUCGCGAAAAUGAGGAGCUUCAAAGUAGAGAAGCUGCAUCAUUGAAGAAAGUUGAGGAGUUGUCUAUGUUGCUCGAAGAAUCAUUAGCCAAAAAUGAACCUGAACCAAGUGUAGAACUUUCCGAUAGCGAAAAAGACUACUAUAUGCACCCUAAAGUAGUGAAAUUCUCUGAUCAAAUAGAGAAGCCUAACAUGGACCUUCCACCCUAUCAAUCUCAAGAAGUCAAAAAACUAAAUGAACAUGAGAACAUAGCAAAGGAUGAUGAUGAAAAUCAGAAGAAGAAAAAGCCUUUGUUUCAUAAAUUUGGAAGUCUACUGAGGAAGAAAAGCACCAGCAGCCUUAAGUAACUUGUCAGUUAUUAACUGCUUUUGUGCCUGACAUGUACAAAGGUCUACUAGUAAAAAGUAUACAUUUGAACUGAAAUAUGUUUGCUUAAUUUUUAUUUUUUUUUGCUUUUCUGUUUUCUUAUUUGUUUAUAUUUUCAAAUUAUCAAACAGGGUCUUACAUAAGAAAAAGAAAUUGUAUUAUCUU